CCCACGCCUCGUGCAUUCACACCACAACAGCCCUUCGGUACAGGCAGGGCCAACAGCCAAAUCCCCCAAGUCCGCAAUGGCCGGAACUGCAACACCAAAGUCUACUUUGAAAAAGCCAGCGUCCGGCUCGCAGUCGGCCAAGAAUCAGACGAGCCUCUUGGGCUUCUUUGGCAGGAAGACCGCUGCGCCGUCGACAGGAGCUUCUACGCCAAAGUUCGACGCGACACCUGCAUCGCAACUCACGCCAGCACCGAGUAGCGAUGGCCCUGCACCUUUGAGCCCGUGCAACGCAGACGUUUCGAGUGGCAAGAACAAGGAAAAUGGUCUGCCGUUGCCUGCCAGCCCACCUAGCUCAGUCGACGGUGCUGACGGAGCCUCAGAAGAUCUUGGAGCCAUCAAUUCCAGCUCUCCGUCCCGCAAGGCAAAGAAGACGAUCAGUUACGCUGAGUCGGAGUCGGAUGACGAUGACGUUGUGCUCAAGCCGUCAAGCGGCAACAGGCUUCAACGUAGACCGUCCAAGCGGAGACGAGUCAGCUUAGAAGAUAGUGACGACGAAUUCCGCAUUGAUGAGGCGACCGAAGCAGCAAUGGUCGAGUACGACAUGGACGACUUCAUCGUUCCAGACGAUUCUGAUGAAGAAGUGCGAGCGCCAGCUAAACGGAAGCGGCCUACGUCAAAGCAGUUGACCAAGUCUUCACCCACCCCGGCGGAAGUAUCGGAUCAUGAUGACCCAAUGGGCGAGAUACCCUCCACAUCGACCGCUCAACAAUGGACGUAUGACCCCGAGAAUCCACACCGCCUUAAUGAAAAGCCGAUAGAGGUCCGAAAGAACGCCUCAAACAUCGCAACCAAGCAGAAGGCUCACAAGACCGAGCCAGAGAAGCGACAUCCAUGGCUUGCUCACCCCCUUGAUGCGGACCGCCACCCUCCUGACCACCCAGACUUCGACCCUCGCACCUUGUACAUUCCACCUGUGGCGAUGAAAGCUCUUUCCCCCUUUGAGCAGCAGUAUUGGGAGAUUAAGAGCAAGUUCAUGGACACUAUCGUGUUCUUCAAGAAGGGCAAGUUCUAUGAAUUGUACGAGAACGACGCUACAAUUGGACAUCAGCUGUUCGAUCUCAAGCUUACCGAUCGUGUCAACAUGAGAAUGGUCGGUGUACCAGAAAGCAGUUUGGAUCACUGGGCCAAUCAAUUCGUGGCCAAGGGAUUCAAGAUUGCUCGUGUGGAUCAGAUGGAAAGUGCUCUUGGCAAGGAGAUGCGAGAGCGCGAUGACAAGAAGAGCAAGAAGGAAGAAAAGGUUAUUAGACGCGAGCUAGCCAGUGUUCUGACAGCUGGCACGCUUGUCGACGGUAGCAUGCUUCAAGAUGACAUGGCUACAUACUGCGUAGCGAUCAAAGAAAUUGAAAAAGACAACGUGCCGAUGUUUGGUAUUGCUUUUGUUGAUACCGCAACUGCCCAGUUCCAGCUCUGCGAGCUUCUGGAUGAUGCCAGCAUGACAAAAUUUGAGACUUUUGUUGCGCAGAUAAGACCUGCCGAGCUGCUGCUCGAAAAAUCAUGCAUUUCUUCACGGGCUCUACGAAUUCUGAAGAACAACACAAGCCCUACAACCAUAUGGAAUUAUCUUAAGCCCGGCAAGGAAUUCUGGGAUGCAGAGCUCACUAGAAAGGAAAUGGAUGUGGCGGACUACUUUGUGUCUGCAACGGAUGACAACAUUGAGGCUUGGCCAAAGAUCCUACGAGAAGAACGAGAGAACGACCUUGUAAUUUCGGCGUUCGGCGCUCUGGUACACUACUUGCGAAUGCUGAAAUUGGAUCGUGAUCUUAUCUCCCUCGGGAACAUUUCAUGGUAUGAUCCCAUUCGCAAAGCCACCAGCUUGGUGCUUGAUGGUCAAAGCCUCAUCAAUCUCGAGAUCUUUGCGAACACUUUUGAUGGCGGAAGUGAAGGCACGUUGUUUGCCAUGCUGAACCGCUGCAUCACACCGUUUGGCAAACGCAUGCUGAAGCAAUGGGUUUGCCACCCUCUUGCAGACGCCCAGAAGAUCAAUGCUCGCCUCGAUGCUGUCGAUUCGCUCAUGGCAGACAGCGCCCUCACAGACCAAUUCACCGCAUCUCUCAGCAAGCUACCAGACCUUGAGCGCUUACUCUCACGCGUCCAUGCGGCCAGAAUUAAAGCCCAGGACUUCGUACGCGUUCUUGACGGCUUUGAGCAAAUUGAGUAUACAAUGUCUCUCUUGAGCAACAUGCCUGCUGGUGAUGGCGUUAUUGGUCAACUGUUGGCAUCAAUGCCUGAUCUCGCCUCGCUUAUUAAAGUUUGGCAGGAUGCUUUCGACCGACCUCAGGCUCGCGAACACGGUAUCCUCGUGCCGGCCCCGGGUGUAGAGGCGGAUUAUGACGAGAGUCAAAAUGCCAUUGACACCUGUCUCAAGGAUCUGGACAAGUUACUGAAGCAAGUGCGCGCAGAACUUGGCUCCACAUCCAUCUGCUACCGCGAUAAUGGCAAGGAAAUUUACCAGCUGGAGGUGCCAAUCAAGUUCACAAAUAAGGUACCGAAAUCCUGGGAUCAAAUGUCGGCUACGAAACAGGUGAAGCGCUAUUACAGCCCUGAGCUUCGUAAACUUGUAAGGAACCUGCAAGAGGCCCAAGAAACCCACAGCCAGAUUGUCAAGGAAGUCGCUGGGCGCUUCUACGCUCGCUUCGACGAGCAUUACGAUCAGUGGCUGGCAGCCGUCAAGAUCGUCGCACAGCUUGAUUGUCUUAUCUCCCUUGCCAGAGCAUCCAGUAGCUUGGGCACGCCAAGUUGCCGACCGACAUUCGCAAAUGAUGAGCGGACGGUCAUCGAAUUUGAGGAGCUCCGUCACCCUUGCAUGAUGAACACCGUGUCCGACUUCAUUCCGAACGACAUCAAACUCGGAGGUGACACGGCCAACAUCAACCUCCUCACGGGUGCAAACGCAGCAGGCAAGUCUACAGUUCUGCGUAUGACCUGUAUUGCUGUCAUCCUCGCUCAAGUCGGCUGCUACUUGCCAUGUCAGCGUGCAACUCUUACGCCAGUCGACCGCAUCAUGUCUCGCCUGGGAGCCUUCGAUAAUAUUUUCGCCGCUCAGUCCACGUUCUUCGUUGAGCUCUCCGAAACAAAGAAGAUCCUAAACGAAGCAAGUAAUCGCUCUCUUGUCAUUCUCGACGAGCUAGGCCGCGGCACCAGCUCCUAUGACGGCGUUGCUGUAGCUCAGGCUGUUCUACAUGACGUUGCUACGCGUGUUGGAUGCGUCGGCUUCUUUGCCACACAUUACCACUCGUUGGCUGCGGAGUUCGCACACCAUCCAGAGAUCCACUGCUCACGGAUGGCCAUUAACGUCGACGAGGCGGAGCGCCGCGUCACUUUCCUUUACAAGCUUGAAGAUGGCGUUGCGGAGGGAAGCUUUGGCAUGCACUGCGCAGCCAUGUGUGGCAUUCCCACAAAGGUCAUCGAGCGAGCUGAAGUGGCCGCCAGGGAAUGGGAGCAUACGUCCAGGCUCAAGGAGAGUCUAGAGAAAGCUAGAGAAGCGUGUUACGUGCCUCUGGGCCUGCAGAGCGACGUCAGCUGGAUUCUCAAGCACACGGAUUGCGGGGACGGCGUCAAUGAGCGGACGUUGGAUGUCUUGAGGAAGGCGAUCGCCGCCCUAUGAGCGCCCUUCGCAAGCGCAACCUCAAGAACCCCUAGGCAAGAGUUCAUCACGGGCGUGGCUCACGAAAUGGAAAACAUCACAAGUGCUUUGUGUAUCGACUGUAUUUCUAUCACAUUUCUAUCAAGCCUGGGGCGGCUUUACAGAGGCGUUUUUUUUUUCGGUUCGUUGGUUUGGAAUCUAUUCGUCGGGACCCCUUGUACAAACUUUCGAGGUAUUUACGUUGGGCCUUCUUUUGUUGUAGAUACAACUUGCUAGAGGCAUGUCUAGCGCAAUCUGGCGCUGUGAUACUUGCGAACACGGUCAAAGUAAUGGAAUCGACUUCAUUUG